AUGUUCCCCGCGUUUGGACUUUUUAAUUCUUCCAGCGCGCAAGGACCAACAGCGGUUCUGAUUGCAAAUAGGGUGCGCCGCACAACUCGGUCAUCGACGAUUUGGUUGAAUCUGCAGCCGAAGUGGAUUGCCUCGUCUGCCAAAUUGGGAAUGCUUCGAGGUCGUCGACUCUGGUUGGCUGUAAAAUCCCAUACCAAACCCAGAGGUACUGAAGUACGACAACGUUUGGUACCAGAGUACAAGCAUUCUUCAGAUACUUUCGACACUCGCAUUACUCCAGUAUUCUUUAGCAGCACUGAAUCGACUGCCUUGUCUUUUCCAGUCGUGGCUGUGGUUUAUUGGCCACGGAAAUUCUACCAUUGCGGCACUGAAAAUGCUAAGAAGCUCUUCGGCAGUCGCAGAAGACGUUAUUCCUUUCCCCCGAAGGAUAUAUAUGAUGGUAGUACCGCCAGCUUUACGCCAGCUGUGAAGAGCGAUGAGGCUGCGAGAGCUUCACGGACUCAAGCUCCAGCCCCCGCUGAGUUUCCGGCUUUGACGGAUAUGAUGCUCGCGUACAGCGUGGAGACCGCGACAAGCUUUAAAGAAAUUGACAACUUCAGUUUGGAGACUGGUGAUGAUGCUGGUCUUUCAGCGUAUAGUUACCAUGGUAUGAUACGCUUUCUGCAUGGCAUGGCACGAAGCAGUCGACAACAGGGCCCCGUCGCCUGCAUCGUGUAA